AUGAAUCAACUGCCUGAAUUACAUAGCGACGAGUUGUCGCUAUUGCAACUUUUGGAUGCCGGGUUUUAUUCAAGUCAAGGCUCGAACAAUCUUAUCGGACAGGACGCAAAUCUUGGAUCAAUGAACUGGUUCAAUCAACCGACUAUCAACUCCAACAAGCCCACUAAUUGUCAAGAUGAAAUCUUCUCUGACACAGAAUCAUUUACAAGCUCUGGUUCUUCAGUGCCUUCUCCAGGCAUGAUCGACAAUACAGAACAGCAAUUCGCCGUUCAAGACGAUGAAUUAACGGAGUUAUCGGUUAAAGAAUUGAAUCUAAAACUGAAAGGACAGUCCAAAGAUUUUGUCAAGGCAGUAAAGAAACGCCGAAGAACGCUAAAGAAUCGAGGAUAUGCACAUUCAUGUCGUAUGAAGAGAAUAGAAGAAAAGACUGAUCUUGUCCAAAACAAAGAAGAACUCGAAUCAAAGAUAGCAGAACUUGAGAAGCAAAUCACGGCAGUUAAAAGCGAAAGAGAUCAAUAUAAAAGGUGCUACACCGAUUUAGUACGUCGUGUCAUGAGUAAACAACGGGGAUAUAUGGCAGGUCAACGGAAUAACAGUCGACUAACUUAG